GCGGGCGCGGGGCAUUGUGGGGCCGGGAGCGAGCAGCCGCCGCGAUGAUGCCAACGCCGGUUAUCCUGCUGAAGGAGGGCACGGACACCUCGCAGGGCAUCCCGCAGCUGGUCAGCAACAUCAACGCGUGCCAGGUGAUCGCCGAGGCCGUGCGCACCACGCUGGGCCCGCGCGGCAUGGACAAGCUCAUCGUGGACGAUCGGGGCAAAGCCACCAUCUCCAACGACGGUGCCACCAUCCUGAAGCUGCUGGACGUCGUCCACCCGGCCGCCAAGACCUUGGUGGACAUCGCCAAAUCCCAGGAUGCUGAGGUGGGCGAUGGCACCACGUCGGUGACGCUGCUGGCAGCCGAGUUCCUGAAGCAGGUGAAGCCCUACGUGGAGGAGGGGCUGCAUCCCCAGAUCAUCAUCCGUGCCUUCCGCACGGCCACGCAGCUGGCUGUGAACAAGAUCAAAGACAUCGCUGUCUCCGUGAAGAAGGAGGAUAAAGAUGAGCAGAGGAGUCUCCUGGAAAAGUGUGCAGCCACAGCCCUGAGCUCCAAGCUCAUCUCCCAGAGCAAGGAGUUUUUCUCCAAGAUGGUUGUCGAUGCUGUGAUGAUGUUGGAUGACUUGUUGCAGCUCAAGAUGAUCGGGAUAAAGAAGGUGCAAGGAGGAGCUUUGGAAGACUCACAGCUGGUGGCUGGAGUUGCCUUCAAGAAAACCUUCUCCUAUGCUGGGUUUGAGAUGCAGCCCAAGAAGUACCAGUCCCCCAAAAUCGCCCUGCUCAACGUGGAGCUGGAGCUGAAAGCUGAGAAGGACAACGCCGAGAUCAGAGUCAACACGGUGGAGGAUUACCAGGCCAUCGUGGACGCAGAGUGGAACAUCCUGUAUGACAAACUGGACAAGAUCCACAAGUCAGGAGCCAAGGUGGUCCUGUCCAAGCUCCCCAUUGGGGACGUGGCCACGCAGUACUUCGCUGACAGGGACAUGUUCUGUGCCGGCCGCGUCCCGGACGAGGAUCUCAAGAGGACCAUGAUGGCCUGUGGGGGAUCCAUCCAGACCAGUGUCAAUGCCCUGUCGGAUGAUGUGCUGGGCCGCUGUGAGCUCUUUGAGGAGACUCAGAUCGGGGGAGAGAGGUACAACUUCUUCACGGGCUGCCCCAAGGCCAAGACGUGCACCAUCAUUCUGCGCGGCGGCGCCGAGCAGUUCAUGGAGGAGACGGAGCGCUCCCUGCACGACGCCAUCAUGAUCGUCAGGAGGGCCAUCAAGAACGACUCGGUGGUGGCGGGCGGCGGGGCCAUCGAGAUGGAGCUCUCCAAGUUCCUGCGGGACUACUCGCGCACCAUCCCGGGCAAGCAGCAGCUGCUGAUCGGCGCCUACGCCAAGGCCCUGGAGAUCAUCCCCCGGCAGCUCUGCGACAACGCCGGCUUCGACGCCACCAACAUCCUCAACAAGCUGCGCGCCAAGCACGCCCAGGGCGGGAUGUGGUAUGGCGUGGACGUGACCAACGAGGACAUAGCUGACAAUUUCUCGGCCUGCGUGUGGGAGCCGGCCGUGGUGCGCAUCAACGCGCUGACGGCCGCCUCGGAGGCCGCGUGCCUCAUCGUGUCCGUGGACGAGACCAUCCGCAACCCCCGCUCCACCGUGGACGCCGGCGCCGCUCCCCGCGGCCGCGGCCGGGCCCGGCCCCACAACCACUGAGCGACGGUGACGCCGCCAUGGCGGCUGCUCCGUCCCCUUCCCCGCGCUCGGCAGCCCGGGCGGGCCGCGGGCACGGCAGCUCCUGCCCUGGCAGCUCCUGCCCCGGCAGCUCCUGCCCCGGCAGCUCCUGCCCCGGCAGCUCCUGCCCUGGCAGCUCCUGCCCCGG